AUGGGGAGCCGCCCCGCCCCGGGGUUCCCAAGAACCACGUCAGCUGGGUACCGGCUGCCCUUGACCAGACUGUCAGCCUUGGACUCCUCCACGGCCCCGGGUGGCCCUGCGGUGGGCAGGGGUCUCGCCGGCAGUCGCCAAGCCCCCCAGGCCCCAGAAGCGGAGCGGUUGGGCCAGGGGACAAACGGUGUGAGGCAGGAUCAGCUGUGGAGGGAGCUCGUGGAGGCCGAGAGGAGGGGCCAACAGCGCUGGGCUCAGCACUGGAGUUUCCUGAAAGACUACGACCCCUUGGGCAACAGGAAGGAGCCUGUGCAGCUGCCGGAGCACGUGUCUCUCUUUUCCGACACAGUCCCCAACUCCGCCAACCAGGUGGUGGGCAGCAGGGUGAACACGCCCCUGGGGCAAACCCUCAUCGGGAUGGACUUCUUCUGUGUCAGUGGAGUCCGGAAGAAGAAGCUGGAAGCCGAGCUGCAGCCCGUGUAGGGGGAGGAGCGCUGGAGCUCAGAAAUCCAGACUGGGUCUCGCCGGAUGGAAAUCAAGGUGUGCGAGGCCUGUGUUUCUUUCCGGAGGUUAGAGGCAUCUGGUUCCCCGCCCUUUCCAACUUCUAGAGGGAGGCUGCCCACGUUCCUUGGCCCGUGGUUUCCUCAUCUCCAAAAGCAGAAUGAUAGCAUCUCAAGGCUCCAAACCACCCCCCCCCAUCUUUUAGGAUACCUAAGAUAAUCUCUCCAUCUCACAGUUCUUAAUUUAAUCAUGUUGGCAAAAUCCCUUUUGCAUGUAAAGGAACAUAUUCAUAAGCCCUGGGGUUGGGGCAUGGAUGACUUUGGGGGCCACUUUCUGUCUA